ACGUAUCCUUAUCAGUUCUUAUUUAUGGACAUUACGUAGAAGGGAAACUAAACAUGUAAAUUGAAGUUUUGUUUUUCAAGUUGAUGAUAUGAAAGUAUUUUUUCUGUAUAAUAAUGGAAGAAAGAGUUAAAUCUUUAACUUACAAAGGUAGAAGACAUUUGCCUUUGCCAACUGGGCCUUUUACUGUGGGCUGUACUGAUGUUAUGACUUCUUAUUUAAAAUUUGGUGUCUUUGUUAGGCUAUAUUAUCCCUCUCGAGACCAAGGAAUUCUGGAUAGAUAUUUGCAAUGGCCAUUAUGGCUUCCUCAUAAAGAAUAUCUCAAUGGAUAUUCUGUUAGACUGGGUAUUCCAUCAAGUAUCUUUAGGUUUCUGCAUCAAAUAUUGGUUGGAAAGCUGUACAUUCCAGCAGUUUGGCAUGCAGCACUGCGACAAAGUGAUGAAAAAUAUCCAGUGGUAGUUUUCUCCCAUGGGUUAAGUGGUUGGAGAACAGUUUAUUCUUCCCUGUGCUUAGAAUUAGCAUCAUAUGGUUUUGUAGUUGCUGCUGUAGAACAUAGAGAUUAUUCUGCAUCUGCAAGUUUUUACAAAAAACAAGUAAGAAUGUCAGCCAGUGGAACUAAUCCUGGUGCUAGCCUCUGUGAUUUAGAUGAUUUACUCAAUGAUCAAACUGAUUUUGUUGAUGGAAAAUGGGAUGCAGGUCAAGGGACUCAAGAUGUUGGUCCAUUUUGUCAUGCAAAGGAGUGGAUGUUAUAUCAGCCUGCUACUAAAGAAAACGAGACAAGCAUGAGGAGUCGCCAAGUAAAAUAUCGAGCAAAAGAAUGUAUGGAAGUUUUAGAUCUCUUGGAAGAUUUGAAUAAGGGACGAUAUGUCGUGAAUGUUUUGGAAUCCAAUAUCGAUUCUGGCAUGUUUUACAACCAGCUAGAUUUAAAGAAUGCAUUUUUUAUCGGCCAUUCUUUUGGUGGUUCAACUGGUAUUUUGUGCCUUGCUACAGAGUUGAGAUUUAAAGCUGGCAUAUUCUUAGAUCCAUGGAUGCUUCCAUUCUUUGAGGAUCAAAGUUGUUUCUCAAUGAUUUCUCAACCCUUCCUAUGCCUUCUCGUUAAAAGCUUUCAAACAAAGAAGUCUUUGGAAAUCUUGAAAAACCUUCAAGACAUGCACAGUCAAUCACAGUUUUAUUUUAUAAAAGAUGCUGAUCACAGAGACCUGUGUGAUACUCCUUUCGUUAAUAAAUACUCAUUAUCCUUGUCAUCUAAAGUUGGAUUACGAAUUGAGAGAUUUGCUGCUCUUGAAUUAAUGUCUGAUCUCAUUUUCCAAUAUUUGGGACAUCAUCUUGGGAAAUCCAUUCGUAGUAGCAGCAGUAAGAUAGAAUCACUGAAGAAAAAGUUUCUGAGAUCAGAAGAAUAUUUUACCAAACUCAUAGCAUGAAAAAAUUACAUUACAAAUCACAUUUUAUAUCAUUAAUUUAGUUAGAAAUUAAUAUUUAGUUAAGUUUUUAUUUGUGUUUCAUUGUGCCAAAGAUUUUUAAGUGUUUUAAUUAAUGUUAACUUGUGACAUAUUUAUAUUUCUGAUUAAAAUAUUUUUACAAUCUUAGUAGCUCAUUUAUUUAUCAUUAUUAUUAUUACUACAGAAACUGGCUGCAUAUUUUUUUAAAGCUGAUUAUCAUGUAAAGGGCCAUCAACAUGAAUGUUAAUAUACUCUCACACCUCCUCCUUUUUUUUGUGCUUAUAAUUCACUCUCAGGACAAUUUAGACAUCAUUCAGGUUUGUUUGUUUUUUCUUGUAUAUGACUUAAAAAAACCACUUAUCUAAUUCAUCUGUUCCUACUAAUCAAGCUCAAUCAGUUAACUCUAUUUAUUAAAAUGGAACUUCAUGAGAAAAUUUUGCUAUAAAUGAUUUAAUGAGAUUUUUGAUUUCUUGAUGUGCACAUAAGUUGUUGAUUGUCAGAAAUUAAAAUCCUAAUAGCAAAACCAAGCCUCCUAAUAACUACCAUUACUUGAAUUCUGAGCAUGGAAAAAUUGUAUGCAAAUUGUUUAGAUUUUAUACAAAACAUCUUGUAAAAUGCCAUAGCAAGUAGUAGUACUGCAGUUACAUUAUUUAAGUUGGUUGAUUUUUUUUUAUAACUAUUUUUUGAGGAAAAGAAGCAUCCGUCUUCAUUUCAUAAUGAUGUUAUAACUGAUUCACGAAACGAAGAUAUUUGUA